UCAAGCUCAUCAGAUCUGCUCACAAGAAUCCCCACAGAAAACCCUAAAUUUUUUAAAUAUCCAUAGCUACCUUCACCCACAAGUUUCAAAAUACGUACAAAGCUUACAAACCAAGCAGUUUUUAAUUCUCUGAUAAUGAUUCAAGAAAACAAAAGGUGAAAGGAACUCAUGGUGAUGUGAUGAUUCUCAAGCAUUAUCCAUUGAUUCCAGCUCUAUAUUGUCUUCGAUAUUGAAGGGGGUUCGGCACCCCAAUUGGAACUCGCUGAGACUUUUUGUUUUUAUUUGUUUUUCGAUCUUUUCAGAGUGGGUUUUUUUGAUGAAUUUUGAUAUGAGUAAUCAGAACAAUAAUGGGUUGCUCAGAUUUCGGUCUGCUCCUAGCUCAGUUCUUCAGAGUUUCGUUAAUGAUAUUGAAAAAACCAGAGAUGUAAAUGAUGGGUUGAACUACAAUUUGAUUUCUCAGAGUUUUCAAGAUCUACAAGAAGAGGUGGAUCUUAAACCUAAUUUGAUGACUGGUUUCUCGUUGAAUUCUCAAUUGCCAUAUAACAGGGGGUUGAGCUCUUCCAUGGCUAUGGCUUCUGAUAAUUUGGGCCAUCAAUCUAAAAUGGGUUCAAGUCUUUUGAGACAAAAUAGCUCUCCUGCUGGUUUAUUCUCUAAUCUCAAUCACCCAAAUGGCUAUGGUGGAAUCAGAGGUUCAGUUGGAAGUUACAGAUUGGGAAAUGUUGGCAACAAUGGUGAUCUAAGUCCAUCUUCCAGCAGAUUAAAGAGACAACUGAGUUCUUCAUCUGGGGUUACCUCUUUAGGAAUGUUGCCACGGAUCUCCGAAGUUGAGCCCGACACCAUUGAUCCAGGAGUCCUUAACGACUCGCCUGAUUACCCUUUCGGUUCAUGGGAACACGAGCCUUCACAGUUCAUUGACAACUUCACUGACCUCAAAAGAGAUCUUGAUCAUCAGAAUGGCGAAAAUCUGGGCAAUCAUCCACCUAUGUUGUCACACCACUUGAGUUUGCCCAAAACCUCGGGAGAAAUCGCUGCUGUUGAAAAGCUGCUGCAUUUUCAAGAUUCCGUUCCGUGCAAGAUUCGUGCAAAACGAGGAUGUGCCACGCAUCCAAGAAGCAUUGCCGAGAGGGUUCGAAGAACACGAAUAAGUGAAAGAAUGAGGAAACUACAAGAACUAGUCCCGCACAUGGACAAGCAAACAAACACAUCAGACAUGUUGGAUUUAGCUGUUGAUUACAUCAAAGAUCUUCAAGAACAGUACAAGACGUUGAAGGAUUGUCGUGCAAACUGUCGAUGCUCCGUGAAGUCGGGUUAGAGCUGAAUGCAUCGAGAUCGACUUGUUUGGUAUCAAGAAAAGAACGUUUUUAUGUUGGUCGUAUAUUUGCUUUUGUAUGGUUUAUCAUCCGAAAGAACGUAAGCAUCUAUUAGCUGUUACGUCUGGUUCAAGACAUAAAAUUAUAAGAUAUACGUUAGAAGGGUUGGGUUCACGUGAGACAAACCUGUUUUCGUGAGACCCAUGUGACCAUAUUUUUACACUCAGAAACUUCAGAACAAAACAUUGUGAUGGUAAAAAGAAUUUGAACCUUCACAACAAAAACACCGUGAAGGUUACCUUCACAGUCAUUUACUGUGAAAUUUCAAGUGUAAAAAAGUGAUCUCACGAUUCUCAUGAAAACAGGUUGAUCUUAUGUGAUCCCAAGUCUAAGUUAGAAAUAAUAAAAACUUACAAUCGGUUGUACAGUAUAUGUAAUAGCAUUGAUUUUUGAGUAAAUUAUGUUUUUCAUCC